AUGUCGGAGGAGCUCGUAACGUGUGAACUAACAUGCUCCAGCUCAGCGAGGGAACCCCCGGGGGCUUCUCCGAGGACUGAGAGCACGAACAUGGACCGCGAACAGCCCAUUUUCUCCGUGUUGAGCGUCGGUGCCAAGGACAGGACGGCGGCAGCGGCGGCGGAGGGGGACACCGCGUUGAAGAGCUCCGGCGGCGGCGGCGGUUUAGGAGCAGCCUCCCCCUCCGCCACCUCCGACACGGAGUCCGGGAUCUUCUCCGGUGAGUGUGAGCUCUGCGUGGAGCACGAGUCCGAGCUCGACUGGUUCUGCGGCACCGAGCAGAAGCUCAUCUGCUCCCACUGCGCCAUCGUCGGCCCCUGCCACGGACACACGGUGACCCCUCUGGCCACCAGGGUCUCAGCGAUCCGGAAUGAAAUGGUGGAUGUGUGUGAGAAAAUGCAGCUGCAGGCGCUGAGGAUGGAAAGAUUCAUCAACCAGACGCUGAUAGUCAAAGAGCAGAAGCUCCAGGCAUCGGCGAGCAGGGCGAGGGAGCAUGUGCUGGCUCAGGUCAGCGCAGCUCGGGAAGCCCUGGAGGAGGAGGAGCAGCGUCUGCUGGAGGAGGUGCAGAGGGAGGAGGAGCGGGUGGAGCAGUGUCUCCUCACCCAGAGGGCCCACUGGAGCCAGGCCCUGGUGAAUCUGUCUCAAACACGUUCACGUCUGGUGCAUACGCUUACGCACACUCCCGAUGCACAGCUAGUGACUAGCGUCCAGGACAUAGUUGAAAGGGUGGAGGAGGCAGAAGGGGUCGGGGAGCCCUGCGAUACAGAGCAACUCAACCUGAACCCAGGCUGCAGUGACAGCAAGCUGCUGAGAGGUCUGUGGGCCACGGCGGUGCUGCUCGGUCCAAACGCUCAUGGAUCAUCGUGUUUAAAGUUUGAUGGGCGCACAGUGAGCCCGCUCCUGUCCCUGUCUGAGGACUCCUGCACUUUGACCUUCCUCACCAAAAAAACUCGCCAAUCGCCUCUCUAUGACCCGGCCCGAUUCGACUGUUGGCCCAACGCGCUGGGUUCACUGUCCGUGUCCUCCGGCACCCACAGCUGGAUGGUGGACGUCGGCCAAUGUGGCGCCUUUAAGGUCGGGGUCUGCUACGCCUCUCUGGAACGCAAAGGCUCCGGGAACAACGCGCGGCUCGGUUACAACACUCAGUCCUGGGUGUUGUCUCGCUAUGACGGGGACUACUCCUUCUGCCACGCUGGGCAGAAGGUUCCCCUGCAGGUGGUGAGGACCCCCAAGAGGAUCGGCGUGCUGCUGGACUGGCCAAGUCAGACGCUGUUGUUUUAUGAGCCAGACUCCUGCACCUUGCUGCACUGCAUCACGCAGCACUUCACCGCCCCGCUGCUGCUGGCGUGUGCCGUGACGGACCGCAGCAUCACCAUAGUACACUGACUGUCCCGAAUGACCAUCAAAUUCUAAAUGACUUUAAAGAUGUGAAGAAAAGCAAGGAAGAGACUUUGUUUUAUCUCCAGACUUUUUCUAUUUAUUCUUCCGUCUUCUUAGAGAUUUUUUCUACUGGUUGUGAUAAUUUAUCUGUUGAUCAUAUUAUACAGUAGUUGUGCUAUUGUGACUGACAGUGAUUGUUUUUUAUAACGUUUUUAAUAUGAUUCUUUAUAUAAUCACUUUGAUCUGUUUAAUGCUAUAGAAAAUAUUGAUUACACUGGUUGAUCAAGGACUACUGUAAAUGUUAUGUGGCAUAUUCUCAGUUAACUGAUUGUUUUUUUGUCAUUUGUUUUAUUAAUAUAACAUUUUCUUUGGGAUGAAAAUCAUAGUGUUUGUGCAUUCUGUGAUGAAACAGCAGGGUUUAGUUUUACCUGCAGUUACAUGGCACUCUGCAGGAAGACGUCUGAACAGAAUGAUUGUAACUCAUAAACACUAAUUCUCAUUCAGUUUUGUCUCAAUCUGAAAUUAAAAGUUUGAGGUUGGUGUUCCUUGUUUACAAAAACCCGUAACUUUGAUUUCCCGGUCUCAAACUUAUAUUAGAUGUUUUUUCUUCAACAUAUAUAGGGGCUUAAAGGUUAGAGAAAAAGGCCUGUGAAUACAAUGUUGCAAGAAUAAACCAAUAAUGGUUCACACAUGCACACACAAAAACAAAAAGAAUAAACAUAAAGGAUAAACACAUAACUGGCCAAAAGGAAAUGCACAGAUACUUGCAAAGAUAAUUUUUUUUAACUUUGCAACAUUCCAGAUAUUUUUUUCUAUUAUCUACAAAUAUGCCAUUAAAAUCUGAGUUAAUUCAA